ACUAACUUCAGCCACAGAAGUCGUUGGCCAAGUGUGGCUCAGCAUUGAUUGGGCUUGACCUUAACUUUCAGAUUCAUGCUCUCUUUCAUCCCCGUGACCAACGCAAGAGGGAACAUCCUGGCAGGCUGGCAGCACAAGAUCGACAGCCCAGCAUAACCCUUCACAUCUCGUCUCGUACGGAAACGCAUCCCCGCAUGCCGGACCAGCCAUCUUCUUUUCUUCUUCUCCCAGGUUCUCCUGCUUCUAGUUCCUCCCUAAUUGUCGGUAUCGAGACUAGAUACUACCUACGUAGGCGGGCAGGUCAACGUCGCCCUGUCAAUAUUUGAUAGGGUGCCAGACAAACCACAUGUGUGAUGCGAAUUGGCGCGCGCUGAGCCUUAGCGGGCCUCGAGAGGGAACGAAAAAAACAGGGAUGUGCCCUGUUGGGAUUCUAUGCACAGGCGCCUGACGAAGGAGGUGGGCUCUUGGACCAAUCGGCAGAGACUCCAGGUGAUGGAGGUGAGACGAUAUGGGCGUCAACUUGCGAGAGAACUGGUAUGAGAGGAUGGGACUGUGAUUUCGGUAUCGUGUUGGAGAUUCAGGUUUGAGUCUACAGUACAGUAACGCGAUAUGUACCGAGGAAGAGAGCUUUUGUGAGGAUGCAGCGUUCAUCAUACCGUAGUGUUCAAAGAUGGACGGAUGAUUGAGUCAAUAUCUUGAUCACAUCUUUCAAUCUCCAUCUGCAAUGCGAUGCGGGAUCCAACUGCAACACGACCUCAUCAUCGUGCAGCUUGUCACACUCUGGGCCUAUUCGCUUACAGCUACUGUGCCUGAGAAUCACUAUCAGCCAGUCGCUCUCGAUAGUCCAGUUAUCCCGUCAUUUAACAGCCCAACCCAUCCAAUCCAUGGUCUCUGCCGCCUUGGGACAAACUCAAACCGAUGUACCGUACCUAUCCUGUUGAUGUGAAUGCACCUUCUGCAUGUCCAUCUGCCCACGGGGGAUUUAUUUGAUUUGAUACAUUCCAAUUCUGUAUAACCACUUAUCAACCCCUUUUCCCCAUCCUCUUCCUUUUACUUUAUCCUCUCUCCUCUGUCCUACUCUUCAAAUCUGGGAUUACCCUGCCCUCUACUCCCGGUUUUUCCUCACCGACAAAUCCACCGCCUCCAACAAGCUUAGCUUUUCCACCUUCACCUGUUUUCCCCUCCAGCUCCAGCUCCCUCCCAGACAGACCCUUUUUUUUCUCGUCCAUUUCCAUCAAGUGGACCGAACUCUCUGUUCCCCGGCGCCACCGCCUAGAAACUACCUUACGUGCUCCGUCUCUCGAGCCACAGCGAGCUAGUCCCCUGCAAUUGAACCCCCGGAGGCCGCUGUACCGCAAGCUCUGGGCUACCUCUUUCAGUGGUUAUACCGGUACAAAGCAAGGAACCUGACCGACCUCAUAUUUUUUUCGGAUUACCCAUUUCUCAUCUUUGUGUCCCCCCCCCGCCCACUUUUUGAUCUCUCAAACUCACCCCCACUGCGGAUCAACCUCAGCUCAUCCAUUCCCACCGCGGGACCGGGAAAGCGUGAAUCAUUUAUUCCAUCGCGCUCCCUAUUUCUUGUAAAGGGGAUCCUAGUCCUUGAUCGGAUCGUAUCCUUCAAGAACGGGCUGGGCGUUGUUCGUGCUUGCCCUUGUCCUUGUAUCUACCUUACCUACCUCGUCAACUUCGUUGCGGUCUGAGUCUGUCGCAUUGGCAAGCAUCAGCUCCUUAUAUUGUCCUGUCUUGUCUGUCUGUCUCAUUACGAACCAGAGAUAGACAUUCCGACAGACAAAUAGAGAGAGCUGGCCUCCUCCCUUCGACAUAUAUCCCGCGCAUCUGCAGCUCUUGCUCUCACCUCGUCGCAGCUUUGCGACUUAGAGCAGGACUACGAAACCUACACCGCUGCCCAACAUGGCGCUCGAACAGACAAUCACCAUUGUUAACAACUCCGGCAAGAUUAUCAAGACCGGCAAGCAGCUCUUUUCCAUCUUCAAGGAAGCUCAGGGCAACUACAAAGACAAGAAGGCCGAGAUUAAAGCCCAGCAGGGUGUGCAGCGCUCUCAAUCCUUCGACGUCAAUGCUCAACCUCAAGCCUUUCCUCAACAGCAAAUGUACAUUGACGAUGACCGCUCCCGAUAUUAUCCUCCUCGCGCCGGCGACCAGCGCAGCGAAGCUGGCUCGCAACGCAGUCGCCGAUCGCGAAGCGUCCACUCGCGACACCCCCGAGAGGAUUUUGCCAGCCGCCGUGCGCUGACUCUUGACAACCUCGAGAGACACACCGAAAUUUCCGCCACAGCUCCCAGCAAAGCUCCCACCCGAACUGUAUACAAGGAGAUCCCCAUGGAGCUUGCCAUGCCCCAGCGCGCCAUGGCUCCCUCUGCCUACGGCGCUGGCCCUAUGGUCCCCCGAAACCGAUCGACCGGAGAACUAGUACAGAUGAGGCCGCGCAAGGAAAUCGACAUGGACCUCGCGUAUGGAAGCGUUCCUCCCGAUCUGAAGGACCGCACCGAUCUGGACCCGCAAUACGUCGAUGAGAAGCAGGCCAUGGGUCUUGUUCACCGCGUCGAGGGACUCUUAACCGAAGCCAAAUGUAUCCACCAUUCGGCUACAACCACAAUGGCCGAGCUCCAGAAGAACCCAGACCACGCGGCGGCCGUUGCGCUCUCGCUUGCUGAGUUGUCAAAGAUGGUCAAGAAGACAUCGCCCGCUUUUCUGGGUCUUCUCAAGAGUGGAUCGCCAGCUGUCUUUUCUCUCUUAUCGUCCCCGCAAUUCUUGAUUGGCACAAGUAUCGCUGCUGGUGUCACGGUCAUCUGCUUUGGAGGAUGGAAGAUCUUCCAGAGAAUGAAGGAAGAGAAGGCGGCGCGGGAGGCCUUAGCUUAUGACGGUGUUCCUAUGGACCGACCUGCACCUCUGCGAACCCAGAGCGAGUACGGUGUUGAGUAUGGCCCAGGUGUUGACGAGGCUCUCAUCCUUGAUGACGACUUGAGUUCAAUUGAGACUUGGAGAAGAGGCAUUGUGCCAUAUGGAGAGGAUGAGAGUGAGGUCGACAUGGAGCUUAUCACACCCUUGGCCGACAGGGAGACAAGAAGUCGCUAUGGAGGAGACGAUUUCGACACAAAGUCCCGUCGAAGCACAAGAACAAGUAAAACACAUGAGAGUUCCCGAAGUCACAAGACUCACCGAACAGACGACAGCCGCCGUAGCCAUCGCAGUCACAGGAGUCGUCGUGAUGAUGACGACAGGAGUACCCGACGUGAGGAUUACGCAGAGAGCAUCGCCGACAGUGAGCGUAGCCAUCGCUCAUCAAGGAGUAAGCGUUCCGAGAGGAUCGAGACGAGGUCAAUCGACAGCCGAAGCAGCCGACGAGACGACGAAUCACAAGUCACUGUACGACCCAAGGUCAACCGCAACAACAGCAACAUGCUCAAGGCCCUCUUCAAGAACAAGGAGAAGAAGGAGCGCUCACUCGUCAUGGCAUAACGAUCUCGCGGGAUUUAAUACCCCCUCAUAUUACACAUUUCCAUUUCAUCUCUUUUUGCAUAUUACCCUGGCGCAUUUUAAAGACCGGUGGAUGCCAACAUCUACGGUAGACGAGACAAAGAUUUACAUUACAUUACGGAUAUUUUCCUCUUUUCAAGUACAGAUCAUGGAUGGGCGAAGAAGAAUGCCCUUCCCACCAGCGAUUUAUUCCCUUUCGUUUUUUUUGGUUGUUUUUCUUUUCUUUUUUAUUUAUGAAUACUAUGAAAGAUGCUCUUGCACACGCUUGAGUGGAGGUGGAAUUAUUGCAUGACGCACGGAAGACAGAUGACGGAGCUGUUUGCAUUGGGUUGGGAUUUUGGGAAGAGUUGUUUGUAUUUAGGUAGCCCUGAGGGGUUGUAUAUCAAUACAUGAGAAGCCGAUGCUUCUUAUUUGGAUUGUUAAA